AAAACAAAUCAUCACAAAAAUUAAAAUCUCGAAAACAUUCAAAAAACACUCGCAUUCUCAUAUAUUUAGGUUUAUAUGGCAUGGACAGUUGUUGCGUUAUAUUUACUUGGAAUGUUUGCAUUUUUACAUGCUUCACAUAAACAAAAAGGAAAUCGCGCAGCUACAGAAGAAUUUGAAAUUGAAGAUAGACCUAUACAUAUUGGAAGAACAUAAUUUAUUUUUUAAACAUACUGAUUCACCUCUAUUUUCCCCUAAAUUUUGUGCCUCGUUUUCUUUACAUUUUUCUAAAACUUUUUUUCUUUCACCAUUUAUAAAUUACACCAUUCUUAAAAUAUUUCAAUAUUUUUCUUAUGUUUUGCACGUAAAAAACCAAAGUAAACAAUUAAAAACUAAAACGCACACACAUCUAAACAAAAAGGGAUACUUAGUU